AGUCUCCUUCGCCCAAAAAGGGGAGGCCUUCGCUCAGUUCGCGCCUCCCACACUGCAAAGGUGUCACCAAUUGAGAUGCCAGAACAUCAUCCAAUUGACGCCAAGGACUGGUACUCUGUCUACGGGGCGCCGCGAAACUCGCUGCAGCACCUCGGGUCCAUCACCAUCGAAGAGCUUGCAAUACUCCUUUCUCAGCGGACGGUCGGUAAGGAUUUCUUGGUCAUCGACGUAAGGCGAGCAGAUUGCACGUCUAUGAUUCCGGGUGCCGUCAACAUUCCCGCUCACUCGCUGCCGGUAUCGCUCGCUCCUCUGCUACCCCUUCUCAGUCACAUUCCCCUGAUCGUCUUUCAUUGCAGCCGAUCCGCGGGCCGCGCUCCUCGAGCUGCCGGUUGGUAUGCCGAUGCACUGCAGACGCAAGAGAUGCACACUUCCGAGGAGAUAAAAAAGCGCGUGGUCAUCCUACAGGGCGGAAUCGUUCGUUGGGAAGAGAUCUUUGGAGCGGGAGACCUCCAUAAACGAGGUCAAAAGGAAGGUAUGCGCACUACGCAGCUAUGAAACCUUUCUCUC